AGCUCUAAAUAGUAAACACUGCCGUUUAUUUCGAGCGCCGCAUCUUUGAGGCUUUUCUGCGGAGGAAAAAUAUUCAUUGCAAAUGGUGUAAAACAGUGCAAAUUUUACAAACAACUAGUGAAAAGAGCAAAUUAAAGUUCACUGCAUUGGCCAAUAGCGAAAUCGCUCUCAUCGAUAAUCCUUUUAGCCACCAAAAGGCGACCGUCAAUUUCAUCUCACCGAUUGAGGUUAGAAUCGCGCCCAGCCAUGGAUUUCAGUGCCCUCCUCCAGCAGGCCCAGAAGCUGACCCACGAAACGCAGGUUUCGGAUGAUUUGCCCCGGGUGGAACGCACCCUCCCCCAGGUGCUGCAGGCAACGCAGGAACUGCACUCACGGGUGUCGCAAACCGGGGCCCAGGACAUGCAAGCGCACAUCCUGCUGGGACACAAAGGAAUCGAUUUGCCGAAGAUUUCGCAAAAGCUGGAGACGCUGAGCUCGCGCAAAACGUUCGAACCGUUGGACCCGAUUUCCACCACCGACAUCCAGAGCUUCCUGAGGAACGAGAAGGAGAAUGCGAUCCUGUCGGUGAUCGAGGAAGUGCACAAGAACUCGUACCAGGCGGCCCAGAACCAGAAGUGGGAACACACCAUGAACGAUUGGAAGCUGGAGAAGGUGAAGCUGAUGAAUGCGCUGAUUGGCCCGUCGCAGAACUGGAUCGACAUCCGGAAGGGCCCGGAGCAGACGAUACUGAACGAGAGUACCUUUGGGGGGCGAUCGUCGCUGAACAACCAGGAGAUGGCUUAUGCCCGGGAGGUGUACGAAUAUAACAAGCUGGUCAAUGAGGGCGCGAUGCGGCCAUCGUUGGUUCAGCGGUUUGCCCAAGUGGCGGAGAGUUUCAACGAUUCCAAGGUGAACGACAUCUGGGAGAUCAUGAAGUACAUGACGAAUGUGACGCCAAGUCCAAGGACACAGGAUCCGUUGAGGGCCCGUUGCACCCAGGCGCAGUUCAUCGAGCAGGCGAAGCGAUACUUAGAGAAUCGGUACAAGCUGUUCAUGCAGACGGUCAUUUCUGAACAUCUGAGGGACGCCCAACGGGGUGGAAUUCCGAGCGUUCUGAAUCUGGUCGGAUCGUUUGUGGGAUUGAAGUUUGCCAAUCAGAACAAUUCCACCUUUAUUGGGCUGCAGGAUGGACACGUGGAGGGCAAACCCCUGUGGCCAAUGGUUUACUACUGUCUGCGGUGUGGAGAUAUUAAUUCGGCGCUGAAGUGCAUGCAGAUGGCCGGUCCUGGCCAUGACGACUUCAUUGCCAUCUUGGAGGAGAAGUGCCGGAAGCCCGGUCAGAAGAUCAAUCCCAAACUGGAGCUCCAAAUCCGGAUGCAGUACAAGCGUCAGAUCAGGAAUGCGAUCGAUCCGUACAAGCGGGCGGUCUACUGCAUCAUUGGGUGCUGCGACAUCCAGGAGCAGCACCCGGAGGUGGCCAAGAGCUCCGAUGAUUUUCUCUGGAUCCAACUGUCCUUGAUUCGUCCGGAAUCGGAUGAGAACUCCGAACACCUGACCUACUCGGCGCUGCAGGCCAUGAUUUUGGAACAGUACGGCGAGAAGCACUUCAAUGCCAACGAUCAGCCUCAUCUGUACUACCAGGUGCUGGCACUGACCGGGCAGUUCGAGGCGGGUAUCGAGUUUCUGGCGCGGUUUGACAAGUAUCGGGCUCAUGCCGUGCAUAUUGCGCUGGCGAUGAGCGAACUGCACAUGAUCGGAGGACCGCGGAAUCUGCAGGAACCUUUACUUUCGGUUGACAUCGAAGACCCGCAGCCCAUGCGUCGGCUCAACAUCGCCCGGCUGAUCAUGCUGUACGUGAAGAAGUUCGAAAUUACCGAUCCGGCCGAAGCCCUGCAGUAUUUCUUCUUCCUGCGCAACCUACGGGACACCGAGGGCCGCAAUCUGUUCCUGGUGUGCGUUUCCGACCUGGCCAUCGAGUGCCGAGACUUCGAUUUGCUGUUCGGCAAAAUGCAGCGCGACGGAAUCCGUUCCCGGGGGUUGAUUGACCAGUUCGAGAGCAGUCACAUCGACGCCAAGAUGGCCUGCGAGAUGAUUGCCGAGGAGUUCGUCAAGAAGGGCAUGUUCGAAGAUGCCAUCAAGCUGUUCGAUUUGGCGGGUAAUCAUGAGCAAGCGUUGCGCUACACGUCGAUCUUGCUAUCUCAGGUGGUUCAUCAACCGAGCAAAGCUGGAUCCCUUCGGGAACGACUCCAGCGGAUGGCAUUAGAAUUCACCGAACGUUACGCCGGGGCCGAAAAGAACUGCGAUCCACAGACGUGGUCCACGUUCAGUCUGCUGAAGGAGCUGGUGAUCUUCUUCGAUCACUAUCACAACCGUAACUACCAGCCGGCGUUGGAAGUUCUGGAGAGGAUCAAGCUGGUACCGCUCAAAAUGGCCGAUCUGGAGGCCUGUGUGCACAAUUUCAAACGCCUCGGAGGCGAAGUCUGCAAAGUCAUUCCGGAUCUGCUGCUGGCCACGAUGGACAUCGCGUACAACAAGUACAAAGUGCUCAAGGGCAAAGACGAUUUGAACGAACUGAAGUUGAAGCAACUGAACUACCUCCGCGAGCAGGCCAAGGCCUUGACCAACAUGGCAGCAACGGUACCCUAUCGGAUGCCAGGCGACACCAACAACCGACUGGUGCAAACGGAAAUUCUCAUGCACUAACAGCACAACAUCCGGAUGGCGUUCCUUUUCCACGAAUAAUUUUCCGUUUUUAUUGGCAACCCAAUUAUAGAUGUAACACAAAGCUAAAAUAAACCAACGUUGAAGAAGUC